AUGGAUUAGAUUAAUAAUGAAACUGUAAAGGGUCCAACUACAGUCCAAGAUUAUAUGAAUCAAAGAACCAAUAAUCUAAACAGAGGAGAUAGAAUGGACGAGGAAUUAAAGUUAUUUAGGUAGCAUAUAGGAGUAGGAGCAAAUACUCUAAGAGACGAAGACUAAUAAUCAGCUCUAGGUUCUUUGUUACUUGAUGAAAAAGAUGCUCACAAACUGCCACCAAAUAUGCCAAAUUUCGAUCCAACUCUUGACUUGAAUAGGAAAAAGUAAUAUAUUGGCCCACCUUGCCCUCCUGGACAUCCUUACGAUCCUUUUGGAGAGGAUAGAGAAUAUUUUAAAGAGAGAGUUGAAGGUGCAGCCUUAUUUGCCCCUCCGGAAGAAAGAGAUCCACAUUUCUUUGAAAAUUUCGGAAGAGAUGAGAAAUUCCUGAAAGAAGCUAAAGCACUUUUGGAUCUUGGUGAGACAAAUGGCAAUCUGGAAAUGAUCAGAUUGAACAAGAAAUUCGAUAUAUUUCUGAAAAGAUUUAUGAAGGUAGAAGAGGAUAUUAAGGAAAUAAAAAAUAACUUCUUCCGUGUGAUGCACUGCGCUUUUGCCAAGUAUGAAGAAGGAUUCAAGAGAAAGAAUGAAUAUCUUGAAAGACGUCGAGUUAGAAAGAGAGAAGAAAUUGAGAGGGGAGUUCAGAGAGAACUCGAAAAGAGAAAGAUCUAGGUAUUGGCAGAUGAAGCAGCUAAAACUGACUUAACUCCUGAAGGCUCAGAAGAUGAAGAAGAGGUUGAGAAUGUGAAUAUGGAUGAAAAGAAGUUCAUGAGAAAAAUGGAGGAACAAGACAAAAGGGAGUAGGAAGUUUUUGAUGAAUAGGAAAAAUAAGAUCGUGAAAAGAAGCGACUUAAGGCGCAACUGGCUAAGACAAAGCACUUACUAGAGAUGAAUGAAAGAGGUGUACCACUGCCUAUUCCAGAACCCAAAAAGAAAAAGAAGGAUAAAAAGAAGAAGUCGAAAAAGGACAAGAGAAGGCUGAAAGAAUUAAAGCUUCAGCCAUCAAUCCCUAAUCUCCCCAGUAGAUCAAGCAGUAGAAUUAACAGAUAGAGCAGCGAAAGCAAUGGAAGUUUGAACUGCAGCGAAUUGGCAUCAAUAAACUCAUCAGAUAGCUUUAACUCGAAAUCAAAUAGCAAUCUCAUUAGUACAAAAACUUCUAAAUGA